AUGGAAACACGUCGCAGACGACGGGAAGAAGAUCCCGUGCGACGACGCGCUUCGCCGUCGCGUCGCGUUCCGGGCCGACCGCGCCACCAAACGAUUCACCGCGAGGAAGCAACUCCAGUAACUCCUCCAACUCCGCCCCCGCCUCCUCCGUCUCCAACACCUCCGCUGCCUUCUCCACCGACUUCACCAGAACAAAGAAGGUCGCCAGAGCAGUCACCUGUGGUUUCGGGAGGAGAGACGCAAGCACCUCAAGCUCCGAUCUCCAGCCAAGAUUGGAGACGCUUGAUCAGCAACAUCGACGAUAUAAGGCAACAGAACGACUAUCUUCAAGAGCAGCUAGAGUAUCGUUACGAGCAGCAGGACGAAGGAGAGCGCGAGGCAGAGGCUGUGGCUGAAUUCGAGCCAUUUUCAGCAGCGGUGAGGGAAGUGGCCAUUCCAGAUAAUAUGAAGAAUAUAGUCCUCGAAACAUACAGCGGAAAAGCAGAUCCUAAGGAACACCUACUGUAUUUCAAUACGAAGAUGGUAAUCAGUGCCGCUUCCGAAGCUGUAAAGUGUAGGAUGUUUCCGGCUACAUUCAAGGGAACUGCCAUGGCAUGGUUCACAACUCUUCCACGAGGAUCCAUCACCAACUUCCGAGAUUUUUCGUCCAAAUUCCUCGUCCAGUUCUCAGCAAGCAAGACUAAGCAAGUGACGAUCGAGGACUUGUACAACGUGCGUCAGUCUGAAGGAGAGACUCUGAAACAAUACGUGAAACGAUUCAGUGCUGCGUCGGUAAAGAUUGAGGAGUCGGAGCCGAAUGCCUGUGCCCGGGCCUUCAAGAACGGUCUACAACCUUGGAAGCUAAAUAGCAAACUAAGUCGUAAGCCGGCCAAAUCGAUGGCGGAGGUGCGCGCGCGGGUGAACACGUACAUCCUUGAUGAAGAGGACGACGCUUUCAAGCGAAGAAGAGCGAAGGUGGAAAAGGAUGGUGAUCAAAGGGACGCGUCGCCAGAGGACAAAGCGAGCAAAGACAAGGCUGAAGGGAGUAAAAGGCGAGACAGGAAAGUCCGGACAGUGGAAAAGACAACGAAAGAUCCCUUGUAUCCGAGGAAGGACAAUUUCGAGCGUCGCCGACCCUGGCACCAGGCUGACUCUCGUCAGCGUGGAGAGUCGGGAAAGAGUCUAAGCGCUCAUCUAACGGAGCUACUCCGAGAGGUCAAGGCGACCCAUGCCGUUGAAGAAGGCGAAAGGGAGGCAGACCCACCGCGACCAAAAUCAGAUAAGACUAAGUGGGUGAGUACCACCGGUAAGCGGGACAUGAUACAGGGGAUUGUUUCACUUUAA